CCCUCGUCACUUACCGUCCAGUUCAUGAAUGAAACCCCAUUCACCGGGAAUCGAGGGGGUUGAAAUUGUCCCUAACAACAGAGAAACAAGUAUGUAUAAACAAAGGGUUAGCCGUACUAGCCGCAGUCCGUGUCCACGAUACGAACUAAACAAUCGUCUCGUACCUAUAUUAAAUUGACAUGGUGCUGUUCGAUGAAGUGAAGAAGCUGAUGGACGAGAUGAUGAAUGUGGCGAUUUUUCCGCCGUCCGAGAAACGUCAAAUGUUGAAGAACGAAAGAAAGACCUUUCUUGAUCCGAAUCUAGUUAUGGAUGCGAGACACAGGAUAUUUCGCGAAGAUCUGGCCAGAUCUCCAGCUAAGUCUUCUAUCCUAGCGGAGACCAGAAGAUUAUUGACACAAGAAGAAGUGAGGGAAUUGCGAUUGAAAAGAGAACAAGCUUUCAUAGAGAGAGAAUUACGUAAAUUUGAGCAAGAUUUGCAAAAGUCUCGUCCUAAAUUUUGCGGAUUAUGCAGCAAAAAGAAUAUAGCUAGUUCGGAUGACGAAAACUUUUGGAGGACAUCCAGCAGAGUCAAGCGGAUUCUCAUUGACAAAAGAAGGAAUAAGACGAUUAAGCAAAAGUCAACGACCGCUCAAAAGACCAGAAAACCCUUCGCGGAAGUCUCUUCUGCUAAUUCCGAUAGUAAACGAUGCUCGACAAAUGGAAUCGAGAUAGCGUCUUUUGGUAGCAUUAAGGUGACCAUCAAGGAUAAACCGAGCUACGAAUCGGAAGAGCAACGAUUACGUGUUUUAAGAUCGUACUUCGAGGCUCUUCGAAAAAAUGCGCAGGAUAAACAUCAUCUUAACGAAAUCGGGACCCGUAUUCAAAGCAUCUUGUCGCGAAGAAAACUGAAAUCGUAUAUUCAUUUAUGGAAGAUGCAUGCGAGGAAGGUGAAGGCUCAGCGAGAAUACGCAGAGAAUCCUGACGCGCGAAAAAUCGAGAUGCUCAUCGAUACUAUCAACGAGACUCAGAAAGAGUUGAAGUCAAGUCAAAGAGCGAUGUCGAAGGGUCCUCCUUCAAAUUCGAAAGACACCGAGAUGAAGAAGAAGACUCCUUCCAGGCCGUUCGUGAUCGAGUCACCGGCACAAUGUCGACUAAAUGCCCAGAAGGAAAUCAUUCGCAAACAGAAGAUGAAACUGGCUGAACAGAGCAAGAUCAUUGAAGAGCUGAAGCUAAAGCAAGUACAGGAAGAAAUAACGAGAUCUGGCGAGGAAACAGUAAACGCGGCCAGGGAGACCUUGACUCAUUGCGGUCAACAGACUAGGAGAACCUUGAUCCAGCUGAUGAGACAAGCGGGCUACAGGGACAAAUCCCUAUUGACGCCAGUCCGGGUAUCGAGUCCUCCUAAAUUUCUGGCGAGAAUGGAGGCGCGGGCGGAAGAGAGGAAAAACAGAAUAAAACUACGCGAAGAAGCGCGUCAAAAGAAACUGGAGGAUGAGAGGAGGAAAGAAGAGGCCGCCAGGAGGGCAGAGGAGCAAGAGAGGAAAAGAUUGCAACAAGAGGCUUUGCGCGAGGCGAAAAGAAUGCGCGAGGAACGGGAGCAACAACGAGCGCGCGAAAUAGAAAGAUAUAAGAAAUUAAAUGCUAUGGCGGAAGCAUUUUAUCGCAAAUACUUGUUGCGACGUUGUAUAAUUGCGCUCGUCGAAAAGAAGAAUAAUGAUAUGAAGAAAGCCGAGGACUACUAUAGGCGGUGCUUGCUUCAAAAAGUGUUCGUGAUGUGGAAGAUAGAAACGGAACGUCAAAAUAAAAUUAAAUCGGAAUUAGCUGUGUUAUUGUACAAUAGAAAUUUGUUGCGGUGCACGUUGCAGAAGUGGAAGGAAAUAGUGAGGGAACAGAGAAAAAAGGACCAAGUUGCUAGAGACUUCUCUGACAUAAAAUUACAGAACAAAUACUUUAAAGUGUGGAGAAUAAAAGCUGUGGAAUAUAAAGUAGAACGAUCGAAGAGUGAACGUUUAGCACUAAAACACUAUGAAGCAAAAUUGAAAACCAAGUAUUUCAAUAUGUGGAAAAGAUAUCCAGAAAUAAUGCCACUCAUCAUGGAAAGGAAGCGAAUAAGAAACACGUGGCGAGAAAUUGUGCAAGAAGUAAUUCCAGACUUCGAUCCCAGGCAAAGAGGUGUAAUACUAGAAGACUAGUGUAACGAAUUUAGAAAUAAUUUAGAUUUAAUACUGUACGACAGAAUCGUUGGCUUCUCAUACCUGAAUGAGGUAGACUUAUUCCUAAAAUAUAUGCAAAAUAACGUAACAUUCUUUUAUAUAUAAUAAAACGCAAAUCAUUUCUGUACAUACGUAUUUAAAGUUCUUUCUGCUUAAACUUACUUUAUAGUGUGCUUAUAUGUAUGUGUAUACUCAAUUAAUACAAUUUACUAUAUUACUCGUA